AGCAGCAGGGGCGGGCGAGUCGCGUGGUGGUGAUGAGGGGGCCGUACGAGAGGGUGGCGCGGAUGGCGAGCGGGAACGCGGUGGUGGUGUUCAGCGUGAGCGGCUGCUGCAUGUGCCACGUGGUCAAGCGCCUGCUCCUGGGCCUCGGCGUCGGCCCCACCGUGUACGAGCUCGACCAGCUCGACCGCGGCGUCGCCGACAUCCAGGCCGUGCUCUCCCACCUGCUGGCCUCCACGUCGCCUGCUGCUGCGUCGGGGGCAUCGGGAUCUGCGACGGCGUCGGCGGUGCCGGUGGUGUUCGUCGGGGGCAAGCUUCUGGGAGGGGUGGAAAAGGUGAUGUCGUGCCACAUCAACGGCUCCCUCGUCCCCCUCCUCAAACAAGCCGGGGCUCUCUGGCUCUAG